CGUCAUUGGAGAGGGACCAUGAUGGCGGCGGUCGGUGCAUCAGAAGUGCUCGCACAGCUGGAAAGCGCUGCCAAAGUUUUAAUGGCUCCUCCCUCGAUGGUCAGCUCAGAACAGAGGCAGCACGCAGAGCACGUCUUCUUGGCCUUCAGGAAGUCCAAGUCACCGUUUGCAGUGUGCAAACAGAUUCUAGAGAGCAGUAAAGUGGACUACGUGCUGUUCCAAGCGGCCACAGCCAUCAUGGAGGCAGUGGUCCGGGAGUGGAUCCUCCUGGAGAAGAGCAGCAUUGAGUCUCUGCGCACCUUCCUCCUCACCUAUGUCCUCCAGAGGCCGAAUCUGCAGAAGUACGUUCGUGAACAGAUCCUGUUGGCUGUGGCGGUCAUCGUAAAGAGGGGCUCUCUGGACAAGUCCAUCAGCUGCAAAAGUCUUCUUCAUGAAGUGGGCCAGCUGAUCAGCAGUGGAAACCCUGCAGCCCAAACCCUGGCCUGCUCUAUCCUCAUGGCUCUGCUCAGCGAGUUCUCCAGCUCCAGCAAGACCAGCAGCAUUGGCCUCAGCAUGGAGUUCCACGGCAGCUGCAAGCGUCUCUUCCAGGAGGAGGCUCUUCGUCAGAUCUUCGUCAUGACCAUGGAGGUGCUACAGGAGUUUAGCCGUAGAGAGAACCUCAGUGCACACAUGUCGUCUGUGUUCCAGCGCUAUCUGGCUCUAGCCAAUCAGGUGCUCAGCUGGAACUUCCUGCCCCCUAACCUGGGACGACACUACAUCGCCAUGUUCGAGGCCACCCAGAAUGUGACGCUCAAGCCCAGUGAGUCCUGGAGAGAGACGCUGCUAGACACGCGCAUCAUGGACCUCUUCUUCACUGUGCAUAAGAAGGUCCGUGAAGACUCGGACAUGGCUCAGGAGUCGCUACAGUGCCUGGCCCAGCUGGCCUCCAUGCACGGGCCCAUCUUCCCCGAUGAAAGUGCCCAAGUGUCCUACUUGGGGCAUAUGGUGGAGGGGCUGCUCGGCAUGAUCAAUGGGAUGGAGAUGGAGGACUCGGAGGCCAUGGGCAUCGCUAAUAUCGUGUCUAACCUGAUCAGCAUGUUCCCUCGCAGCACGCUCACCGCACUUCCACCCGACCUCUUCUCCUCCUUCAUCAACUGCCUCACUCUGCUCACCUGCUCAUUUGGACGCAGCGCUGCCCUGGAGGAAACGUUAGACAAAGAUGACAUGGUGUACAUGGAGGCAUACGAACGCCUGCUAGACUCCUGGCUCACUCUGGUGCGGGACGAGCAGCACUUUCCUCGGGGUUGCUUGGACCAGCCUGCUGUGCAGGUAUUCAAUGCCUACAUCCAGUGCCACCUGGCUGCACCUGAUGGCACCCGCAACAUGUCUGCAAACGGCAUAGCCUCACACGAUGAAGAGGAGAUCAACGAGCUCCAGGAGGACGACCGCGAGCUCUUCUCGGGCCAGCUGUGCAGCAUCGGCAUGAUGGGCCGUGUAGCGGCGGACCACUGCAUCCCCCUCCUAACCAGCCUGUUGGAGGAGCGUGUGACUCGGCUCCAUGGCCAGCUACAGAGGACACAGCAGCACCUCAUGGCCUCUUCAGACUUGGGAACAGUUGACCGCAAAGUCCUGGAUGACCUAUAUGAAGACAUCCACUGGCUCAUCCUUGUCUCAGGGUAUGUUCUGGCGGACGACCCUCAGGGCGAGACUCCUGUCAUCCCCUCUGAGGUCAUGGACUUCUCCAUCAAACAUGCCACAGAGGUGGACAUCAACACCACACUGCAGAUCUUGGGCUCUCCGGGUGAAAAGGCCUCGUCCAUCCCAGGCUUCCACCGCACAGACUGUGUGAUCAGGCUGCUGUCUGCAGUGCUGCGCACUUCUGAAGUGGAGUCCCGGGCCACCAGAGCUAGUCUGACAGAGCUGCUCAGUCCUCAGAUGGGGAAGGACAUCAUGUGGUUCCUCCGCCGUUGGACCAAGAGCUACCUGCUGCUGGAUGAGAAGCUGUACAAGCAGAUAAGCAUCCCUCUGAACACAGCAUUUGGGGCGGACACAGAGGGCUCCAGGUGGAUUGUGGGAUAUCUGCUGGAGAAGGUCAUCAGUAACCUGUCAGUGUGGAGCUCCGAGAGUGAACUGGCCACUGACACAGUGGAGCUGCUGGUUACACUGGUGGAGAGGAGGGAGAGGGCCAACCUUGUGGUGCAGUGUGAGGGCUGGUGGGGAUUGGCUAAGCAAUUUGCAAGCCGCAGCCCCCCACUCCACCUGCUGUCCAGUUCUGUGCAGAGGAGCCUCAUGAAGGCACUGGUCCUGGGGGGCUUUGCUAACAUGGACUCGGACACCAAGCAGCAGUACUGGGCUGAGGUCCUCCACCCGCUGCAGCAGCGCUUUCACAACCUGAUAAACCAGGAGAACUUUGCUCAGAUGAGUCAGGAGGAGGCUGUGAAGCAGGAGAUCAUUGCCACACUGGAGGCUCUGUGUGGCAUCGCAGAAGCCACACAGAUCGACAAUGUGGCUUCUCUCUUCUCCUUCCUCAUGGACUUCUUGUCCAGCUGCAUUGGACUAAUGGAGGUGUACAGCAACACUCCAGAGACGGUAAACUUGAUCAUCGAGGUGUUUGUGGAGGUGGCUCACAAACAGAUUUGCUAUCUGGGAGAGAGCAAGUCCAUGAGAUUGUAUGAAGCCUGCUUGACACUGCUGCAGGUUUACUCCAAGAACAACCAGAGCCGAAAGCGCGGAGACUCCACAGCCGAGGAGGACCAGUACCAAGACCUGCUUCUCAUCAUGGAGCUGCUCACCAACCUGCUGUCCAAGGAGUUCAUUGACUUCAGUGACACAGAUGAAGUAUUCCGCAGCCAGGACCAGGGAGCCUCGGCCGGGCGCAGCGUGUCGGCAGCAGACGUGGUUCUGUACGGAGUCAACAUAGUGUUACCACUCAUGUCACAGGACCUGCUCAAGUUCCCUUCACUGUGUAACCAAUACUACAAGCUCAUCACGUUUAUCUGUGAGAUCUUUCCAGAGAAGAUCCCUCAGUUGCCCGAGGAGCUCUUCAAAAGCCUCAUGUUCUCCCUGGAGCUGGGGAUGACCUCUAUGAGCUCGGAGAUCAGUCAGUUGUGUCUGGAGGCUCUCUCUCCACUAGCAGAGCACUGCGCCAAGAGUCCAGACAAGGAGACGCCCCUGUGCCACGCCACCCAGCACUUCCUGAAGUUGGUGUUUGACAUGCUGUUGCUCCAGAAGCACAACACAGAGAUGACAGUGGCGGCAGGAGAAGCCUUCUACUCCCUAGUGUGUUUACACCAGGCGGAGUACAAUGAGCUGGUACAGACCCUGCUCUCCACACAGAGGGAUGCAGUCAUCUACCAGCGCCUUACAGAUGCCUUCCGUCAGCUGACAGCCAGCAGCUCCCCUCCCGCUAUGGACCGCAAGCAGAAGCUGGCCUUCCUUAAGAGCCUGGAGGAGUUUGUGGCCAAUGUGGGCGGUCUCCUGUGUGUUAAGUAGCCCAGAGAGCAGGCAGUGACUGGUCCACCUGCCUGCGCAGCACCUGCGCAGCGCCUGCACAGUGACCCCCCUCCCCUCACAUGAGAUAUUUUAUAUAGACGUGUGAGAGGCUAAGACUCCUGGUGUGCUGUGCUACCCACAGAAAGUGUAUCACCCUGUUGUGGAGUGCACUGAGGCCAGAGCACCCCCCCGCAGCUCUCCAAGUGUACUGCAGUGAGGGGCUGCUCAGUGGGGAAACCCAUAGUUUAUUUUUCUAAUGCUUUAUCAGUUUGACGUCUCCUCCGGACUCUGGUAGUCAUGAGAAUUCAGGGAUAGAGGUGGUUUGCCAAGAAAUAAUGUUUGAGCGUAGAAACUGAUACCAUGGAAAAUACAGAGUUCUAAAGAAGGAUUUUAAAUCGAAGUAGAGAAGAGAAUUUCCAGACAACACAGAUGCCAAAAUGGAUCUACACAGUAUGUUCUGAUUGCUUUGUUUAAUGUCCAUUUUACCAAAUUAUAUACAAUUUUUUACAAUGGUUAAGAAGUCUGAAUAUGUAAAACUCAGAUGGAGGGCAGUGGUUUGUACAAUUAUAAAAAAGAAUCAAAAAUCAAAACAACCUGAUAAGUGUUUUUUUUUUUUUUUUUUUAGUCUACCUAGAUUAUGCUGAUGUCAGAUAUCAUUGAUGAAUAUUAUUUAUAGAGCAUUUCAUCUGAAUAUUGGGAGCAGCAGAAUCUCAUAAACCCUCCAUCUUGGUUUGGAAUUAUUGACUUUAGAAUAAUGUGUGACACUGUGUUGUUUCCCUUUCUGCUCAUUCUGAUGUUGGAUACAUUUUUUAAGUUGAAAUAUCCAUAACAACCACUCUUGAUUAGAUUGCAGAGCUGUGCAGUGUAUUGAAGAUUUUGUUCUUUGUUCUGACCCCCACGGUGCCUUUCUCUUCUGAAUGACAAACAUGAGUCAAAAGUGCCUGUCGUGACCAUGUGACCAACCAAAAAGGACACUGAAGCUGUACAUAUGUAUUAUGAAUCCACUAAUGUGUUAUUGAAAGCAACUGAAAUGUUUUUAUUGCCAAUAGAAGGUGCCUCAUGUUCAGACUGUGGUGGUAUGACUUGUCCAUAGGUCGUUGAUGGUUGCAGUGUUGUGGUGCUGAUCAGAGGAGUUGAAAAAAAGUUGGACUUUACACAAGGUGCCAGAAACUUUCACAUGUCCCCAUUUCAAAGAUGCACUGGAAUUAGAAAAUCUAUGAAGGAGCUGACCACCAGGGCACUGUGGCUCAGAAGACCUGUUUUCCAUCAAGUGUACAUAAAGUUGUUAUAAAAAAAAGAUGUUGCUUUUUUAUUUCAAUAUUAACACAUCAUCUGACUAGACUGUCACAAAGAGGCAUUUCAAAAUGUGCAAUCAAACACUGCUGUCACUGGUGUAAAUGGUCACAUAAAACCAUAUUUAAAAAAUAUUAGAUUUUAAGACUGCAUUUCAGACUGUGAGAAGAAUGCGAACGCAGCAUCAAAAAUGGAUUAAGGGAGUGUAACAGCGUUCAGCUCCAGCCAAAUGAAGCUAAUCGAGGUUUGUGGUAGACUACACUUACCAGUUAAUUCAAAUGCGGCGGCCAUCUUGUAAAUGUA